UUUGCAUAGAGGGAACUGCCCGCAGUGGCCGCUGAGUUGGAGCGGGCGGCUAGGGGGGCGUGCGCGAUCCGCGGCCGCCGGGACGCCGAUCCCCGCAGCCGCCGACCUGGAUUCGCCCCGGGCCGCAGCGCCGACGCAGAACCGGCUGGACGCUAUGGGCGCGGGCGAGCGCCCGGCGGGCGGGGGAGGCGUGCAGGACCCUCGCGCGGGCUGCGGGGCCCGGGUGCUGGGCGCGCUGUGCCUGUUGCUGUCGGUGGGCUCGGCCGCUGCCUGCCUGCUGCUGGGCGCCCAGGCGGCCGCACUGCACGGCCGAGUGGCGGCGCUGGAGCAGGAACGCGAGCUGUGGCGGCGUGCGGGGCCGUCCGGAGCCCUGACCACCUGGGCCGAAACGCACCUGGAGCGCCUGCUGCAGGAGAAGUUGGAUGGAGUCGCCAAGCUCCGGACAGUUCGGGAAGCCCCCUCCGAGUGCGUCUGUCCCCCAGGUCCCCCUGGACGGCGUGGCAAACCUGGACGCAGAGGUGACCCAGGUCCUCCAGGGCAAUCAGGACGAGAUGGCUACCCGGGACCUCUGGGUCUGGACGGCAAGCCAGGACUUCCAGGCCCCAAAGGGGAAAAGGGUGCACCAGGAGACUUCGGCCCGCGGGGAGCCCAAGGGCAAGAUGGAGCUGCAGGACCUCCUGGGCCCCCCGGACCACCUGGGGCCCGAGGCCCUCCUGGUGACACUGGGAAAGACGGCCCCAGAGGAGCUCAAGGCCCAGCGGGUCCCAAAGGAGAACCUGGACAAGAUGGCGAGAUGGGCCCCAAGGGACCUCCAGGACCCAAGGGGGAUGAUGGGAUGCCCAGCCAGCCAGGACUCCCUGGACCCCCAGGGCCCAAGGGUGAGCCAGGGGAUGUGGGGCCCCAAGGAGAGAAUGGAGCGGACGGUGCCCCAGGACUGAAGGGGGAGCCCGGCCACCCAGGUGCAGAUGGAGCCACAGGGCCUCGGGGUCCCCCAGGCCUCAAGGGAGAACAAGGUGACACAGUGGUAAUCGACUAUGAUGGCCGGAUCUUAGAUGCCCUGAAGGGUCCUCCUGGGCCACAGGGAGCCCCGGGGCCACCAGGGAUCCCUGGAGCCAAGGGUGAACUUGGAUUGCCUGGCGCCCCAGGAAUCGAUGGAGAGAAGGGUCCCAAAGGACCAAAAGGAGACCCAGGAGAGCCUGGGCCAGCUGGGCCCAAAGGGGAAACAGGAGAGAUGGGCCUGUCAGGCCUUCCGGGUGCUGAUGGUCCCAAGGGAGAGAAAGGAGAGUCAGCAUCUGACCACCUACAAGAGAGCCUGGCCCAGAUCAUAGUGGAGCCAGGACCCCCAGGUCCUCCUGGCCCCCCUGGCCCCAUGGGCCUCCAGGGGAUCCAGGGUCCCAAGGGCCUGGAUGGAGCCAAGGGAGACAAAGGUGCAUCGGGCGAGAGAGGCCCUCACGGCCUGCCUGGACCAGUUGGCCCACCGGGCCUUAUUGGGCUGCCAGGAACCAAAGGAGAGAAGGGCAGACCUGGAGAGCCAGGACUCGAUGGCUUCCCUGGACCCAGGGGAGAAAAGGGCGACCGGAGUGAACGUGGAGAGAAGGGGGAGCGAGGGGUUCCUGGCCGGAAAGGAGUGAAAGGUCAAAAGGGAGAGCCGGGCCCCCCAGGCCUUGACCAGCCCUGCCCCGUGGGCCCUGACGGGCUGCCCGUGCCUGGCUGCUGGCAUAAGUGAUCCUCAGACAUGGCUCCCAACCUGUACAGAUCCGUUUGGAUGUUUUUAACUUGUGUAAAAGCAAAACAGUAAUAUAUUGAUCUUCUUUAUGGGAUGUGCCAACGGUGGCCUUGUAACAUUUGAGAGUGUGCCAACCAGCCCCCGGACAACCUGCACAGGAAGCCAGCAGGAAAGAGGACAGACAGGCCGCUCUGGGGAAACUCGUGCCUAAAGGGGCCCCCCCGGCAGGGCCUGGCUUCCCUAGAGAAGCUGACGAAGGUGAAAACGUUUGGCUCAGGUGAGGCUGGACAGACUCCGGGUUGGGCCUGCAAUCACCUGAUUAGCAGAGACACACCACUGUCCCCUGAAGCCCCACUGCCCCGACUUCUCACUGUCCAAAAGACCCCCUUGGACGACUGCUGUGCCUUCUUGCCUCUGGACCCGGCCACGGGCAGCUGCAUUGGGACCCUGUGUUCAACGGGGCAGGCGAAGAUCCCUAGAAUCCAGCACUAGGGAAGAAGGUGAUGGAAAGGAGCCCAACAGGGCCUCGCUCUACCCAAGUUCAGCAAGCCACCCUGUCAUCGGAGCUUGUAUCCUCCGGCCUCGGGAAAUGGCGGGCUCUGUGAAUACCUCAGUGUGGAACCAGCUGCAGGCAGCUCAGUGACCCCUGACUGCAGGGUAAAGAGACCCAGAUGCAUUAGUUGCUACUUCCGGUCUCCGUAUCACCUCACCCAGAGCAGGAACAGAAGGAGGCUUUGUCAGCCCUGAGGAGACAUGCCUCCUGCUCAGAACUUGGGUCUCCCUGACCCCAAGUCUCCCACCUAGAACUCUGGUCAGAAGCCUGGCAGAAACCAGCCUCCUCGUAGGUGGUACAGACAUCGUGAACCCAAAGGCUGGCCCCUGCAAGCCUGAGCAAACCGCCUGUGACAGAAACCCCUGUCCCCUGAGAAGGGGCUCCAACACCUCUAACAAAGGUUCCUAGCUACCCCGCUCCAGCCACGGCCUCACAUCCCUCUCCGCGUAAAGGUGCCGUGAGGAAUAAACCACACACGUGUGUCUGGGUGUGCCUGUGUUGCAGAUUUCCCUGGUCACCUCCAGCUGAGUUCAUCCUGAUGGUUCCUCCCUGGGGGCAGAGCCAUCCCAGAAUCCAGAGGAUAUAGUUCAGGGUUAGGAGAUAGGAGGGUAUAGCCUCAAGGCCUGGACCCACACAUGUCAGCAGAAUCCUGGGACCAGUCACAUGUCACAAAGUCCCUGUAUGCCCUUCUGCUAUGCUUACUAAGCAAGGACACUCUAAACUUGUUGCCUCAGAAUAUUCAUUCUCUCAGUUCUAAGGAUUCAGAGGACCAGCUGGGUGGGUCUCUCUCGGACUCAUCCUCAUCUGGUGACUGGUGCCUGCCAGCUAGGAUCCCAAUGGCCUUGACACCUGCCUACCUAUGACCUGUUGGAAUGGCCUGGGCUUCCUCACAGCAUGGCAGCAGGAUUCCUAGAGAGCUGUGUCGCCUUUUAUGAUGAAGCCUCCAAAGUCAUAUACUGUCACUUGCUGCCAGAGUCAGAGGUUCGUCCCAAUUGAAGGGGAAGAAGACAGACCCACCUCUCAAUGAGCAAAGUGUCAAUGUCAUAUUUAAAUGAGAAGAUGUGGGAGAGUAGAUCUUGUUAUAGCCCUUCAAAAAUAAAAUAAAACCAGCUUUUUCAUGUAGCCCAGGCUAGCCUUGAACUCACUAUGUAGCUGAAGAUAACCUUAAAUUUCUGACACCACCACCACCACCACCCUGCAGUCUCUACUUCCAAGUGCUGGAAUUACAGUUGUGCACCACCAUGCCCAUUUUUUUUUACAGUGCUGGGAAUCGAACCUAAGGCUUUAUGCAUACUAGGCAAGCACUUUACCAACUAAGCUACAUUCUUAGCCUUUGUUGUAGCAUCUUAAAUAAUGCCUCCUGCCACUCAUCUGUAGCCUGAGACAGUAAUGCUCACAAUUCAAAUGUGGUUCGGUAUAUUCAGCUUUGGGGAAUACACAGGGAGUCUAGAACAGGUCAGACACCCCAAAGUACCUGUGCUGGCUGUCCCCGCUGUAUCCUCUCCAAGUCCUAGUAGUAACCAGAGUCCUGCCUAGUGGGUCCAUGUCUUCCCUCUGUAUGUCCUUACAACAACUUGAAGAGAGAUGCCCAGCCAACGUGCCCAUUUUCACAGAUGACAAAAGCACUUUCUCUGCACUCAGCAAAAAGCAGGAGGCUGUGUUAACACUCUCUCCAGCCUCUUUCCUCCAAGGACUGGGGUCUACAGAACAGCACACUUACCAGACCAUACACAUAGAUUCCUUAGUUUGCAGAAGGGACCCAGCCCCACCCAGGUUAUGUCAAGUCCCUGCCUCUGUCCCCCUGAGGAGCUGACAAUAAGUGGGCAGACCGUGCUCUCUGCCAGUUGACGGAAUCAACUGGGGAAACCAGAAAUAAAAAAAAGAAGACAGAUGUAGUGGGCCAAAAUGGCCAGUGUGGCUCACUGGUGCCCAUGGCUGCUUUGGAGAUGCAGAAUAGCCUCCCAGCCCACCACACACUGUAGUUAGCAAUGCACUCCUCUCUCCACCUAAGAACUUGACCUCCUCAUCAGUCCUGCAAAGGGACUGCAGUGGUAGGCAUCGCUAUGUCCAUUUUACAUACAGGAAAUCUGAAGCUCAGAGUGGGUAGUCAUCUGCUCAGGAAUGCACAGCCAGGCUGGAGUGAUAGGCUUGGGAUUGGACCCAUGCUCUUGGAAGUCACCUAACUGAUCUUCCGAAUUGUUUGGCUGUGCAUGGAAUCUGCUGGGCAGCCCCUUGACAAUGGGUGGACCGCAAGUAGAGCUUGGUAGAGGUGGAAAGCCAGUUUCUCAGCCUGGCUGCAAUGGACCAUUCUUGGCCCGUUGCUGCCCCCUUGUGGCCUCAUACCUUAUAUCCUUGCAAUUGGACAUACAAAGCCACUGAGUCCUAUGCCAGCCUGGAGUGAGGACAGAGAGAAUGACUUGUUCAAGGUCCCAGAUGAGACACUGGGGAAUGCCCUGCCUCACCAAUAAGCCUCAAGGACUGAGAGGCCUUGGGUCUCCCUGGCAAGAGGGACAGUUCUCUGUAAGUCACACAAUUCUGGAAGAGAGGAGUCUGUUUAUUGUGUCCUUGAGUGUUCCGUGCCCCAUGGCAACUAAAGGAACCACCAGGAUGGCUGUCCCCCUGGACAGAUGGACCUGAGGCUUGAGAGAAGCUGACUGACUCGAUUCCCAUCCUUAAAGGAAGCUUUGAGGUAUCAGGAGUGGGGGACACUCCUGGCAUUCAGUGGACAGAGUCAAGGUUAGCAUACAUCUGAAAUCCUGGACACUCUUGUCCAGUGGUAAAGCUGCUCCCAGAGAAUGCCAGCUGAGAAAACCCUGCCCUAGAGUCAAGGGGUGGGAGCAGGGUACGUUUGCUUGCUUGUUGAGAAAGGGUCUCAGUAUAUAGCCUCGACUGGUCUCUAACUGCCUCAGCCUCCCCAGGGCUGGCAUGACAGGCUCCGCCAUGCUCCCCUCUACCUCCAAGUCUUGCUCACCCCUUCUCUCCUCUCAGUCUGUGCCCUCCUGGCCUCCGGUGUCGUCCUGAAGGUCAGAAGCCAGAAAAUGGACAGAGGACCUUUAGCCUGGGGCCAGGGGCAGGGAGGAAGAUGGACUCUUGGAUAGUUUUAGGGUUGAAAACAUGCAAUCCACUCAGUCUGGGGAGAUGGAAGAGCUCUGUGGCUGGGUGGUGGUGACAGGGUGAGAAUGUACACAUGCCUCUGAAUUGUACCCUUCAAAAUGGUUUUUUAUGUAUAUUUUACCACAAUAAAAACAAGAAAUGAAAGAA